UUCCAAUUUUUGUGCCAAUAUAUAAGGUAACGUCUUGCGAAAUUGUGAACCAGUUUAAUUGCAAACGCAUCACAACAAAGGAAAGGUGCACGAGAGAGAGAAAAAAAUUGUCACUGUUACUUAAUCAUCUGCACGUACGUGUACUUAGCAAGAAUCAGUCGUAGCAAGAAUUUAUAAGUAUUAUUUUUUUUGGAAAGGUGUUAAUUAAAGAAAUUAUAAUUUUUGUGGUGGGUUGGAUUAUUGGAGAAUAUAAAUUUGCAGUUGGGGAAUUACAUCAGAAAAGUUAAUUGGCAGUGUAAAAAGUUCGGGAAUCAGUUUAAAGAACUUGGAUUUGAUUCAACCCCACUGGUCAGAAGAUGGAAGUGAAAAAUGCCCUUUCCCUCAUCAACGGGGUCAUGUUCCUCCUCCUCCUCACCGAACUGGUCCUGGCCGAAGUAAAGAAACGCGAUUACUACGAAAUUCUGGGGGUGAAACGGACCGCAAAGGAUCGCGAGAUUAAGAAAGCGUUUCGAAAACUGGCAGUGAAAUACCAUCCCGACAAGAAUCAGGAGAAGGGGGCGGAGGAAAAGUUUAAGGAGAUGGCGGAAGCUUACGAGGUCCUCACUGAUGCCGAGAAGAGGAAGAAAUACGACCAAUUUGGUCAUGACACGUUCUCCAGUGGGGGUGGUGGUGGUGGCGGCGGUGGCGGAUUCCACUUUAAUUUCGACGACUUCUUCAAGGGUUUCGACUUCCCUGGAUUUGGUGGCGGUGGUGGCGAUGAAGGAUUCCACUACUCGUUCGGCGGCGGUGGUCACAGCCAGCAACAGAAACGACAAGAGAAUCAGCAACGUGGAGGAGGCGGAUUCUUCACGUUUGAAGACUUUUUCAACGAUGAGGACGAAGGUUUCGGUGGCUUUGACGCGCACUCCUUCGGUGGUGGCGACUCCUUUUUUGGCACCCAUUUCGGCGGAGGAGGAGGUCAUCACCACGAUGGUCAUGAUCACGGUCAUCAUCACCAACAACAACAAGCCUUCGCACGCUUCGGUGGUCAUCCCAACGCCAACUCGGGCAACAAGUGUCGCACCGUGACGCAAAAAGUGGGCAACAUGAUUACCACGUAUACCCAGUGUUCCUAAUUAAUUAGUUGCAUAACUGGUCACUCAACAAAUAACUAACGUCAACGUCAACUAUCUCAUCUCAACGACACCGCUAUAAUAUUAAUCGUCCCUAUAAAUACAUUUACAUAUCUAAAUAAAUAAUGUCCGCGUGUAAGUAAAAACUAACAGAAGAAUUAUAUAUAUUUUAUGAAAUCUUGAUGUAAUUUCUACUCUGUAGUAAGCUUAAUUAGUCCAGUAAGCAAGUAAAUAGUCGAUGAUUUAUAUAAAAAUUGAAUUAUGAUUUAUAUUUUCAACUUUGUUAAUCACGUAGUUAAAACUAAAUGUGUAAUUAUGAUUAAUUAAUCUCCUAUUCCCGCAAGUUACUUUAAGUCGAAAUUUAACUAACUAGAAACGACAAAACCAAAGGACGACGAUGAUAUCCCAGUAUUUCCCUGAAAUCCACACCCAACAAAGAAACAGACUGAUCCUAAUUAACUAACGAAUACCUUAAAAACUAGACACGACCGUUCCUAUGUAUUAACUAUUAGAAAGUUAAGGUGCGUUUACAUACACUUCAUUCGUUGGUAACUUGCGCCAUAGUUAAAGUAUAACAUUGGCGCAAGUUUCUUGUAAACAUACCUUUAUGAUUUUCAUCCCCUCUCUCUCUCUACACAUGUGUCCCGUUACAUCACACUUUUGUUAUUGUUAUUACGUAAAAUUUAGUAAUAAUUAGAAUCAUAUAUUUAAUUAUCGCUUAUCACAUCCGUAUUAUUUUUGUUAAAUAGACAAGCAACGUAUAAGCCAGCGUUGGUCGGGUAUUGAAAAUUAUGCAAUGAGAUGUGCAGACAGAGCCGGAUUCUGUCUCUGCAAUUGUUCUGUGAUAAUGUUCGUUUAUUACAAAAUAUGUCGCCAUAAUUCACAAUACGAUACAAUGGUAAACAUAAAUCUGUAUGAAAUUCAUGCUACGAACAACCUCUGAAUUUAUCGUCACGAACUGAACCAAAGUUUAUAAUUAUAAAUAUUUAACGAUUCGAUAUUCUAGUCUGAAAAUGGAUUAUGUUAAGUUGUAUUAGAGUAUUGUGAUUAGUGGAGUCAAGUGAUAUUAUUUUCUGCGUCCGGUAAUGUAUUCGGUAAUAAAUUCUACUUUGAAAGUGAGACGUUUAAUAAGAA